AUGAAUGCUCCCAAGGAGCCUAAGGUGAAGCCGCCAGCUAUUGAUGGCACUUCUGAUCCUGAUGUACAUCUCUUGGCCUAUCGGCAUCACAUGUAUGUCCAAGGGACUACUGACGCAACUUGGUGCAAAUACUUCCCGUCCACUCUGAAAGGAGUCCCCUCAAAAUGGUUCGAGAAGUUGCCCGCUGGAACGAUCAACACUUAUGCAGAAUUAGAGAUGUUGUUUUCUGCAAGAUUUAUGGCUUAUAAAGAAGAGAAGAAGACGAGCAUGCAUCUGGGCCGAACACAGCAAGGGAAAGAUGAAUCUUUGCGAAGCUAUGUCCGACGUUUCAAUUUAGAGUCAGGACAGAUUCCAGACCUACCCGACGGGGUGGCUUUUGAUAAUUUCUUUAGGGGACUUAAGAAGGGGUCCUUUAAGUUCGAUUUGGUGAAGAAAAGUGUGAGAACUAUGGCCGACGCUUUGGAUGAGGCCGAGUCCUUUAUUCAUGCCACCGAAAUCUGCUCUGUCCCCAAUGAAUCUAAGGGAACAGAGACCGCAGACCAUCUUCAGCGCAAGGACUGGACAAAUCACAUAAAAAGACCAGCCGUCCGAAUGGGACGUGGGCCAUUGAGAAGAAGGGAUAUCAGGCAAACCCCUCCCAAGGACAGAAGAGAGGACGAUCCUAUGACAAAGAAAGGUUUGAGUACAACACCGACUUGUACACAAUACUUCUAG